GUACUUAAAGUCUGCCUUAACCGCCGCACAUUCCAACUUUAAUAGGAUUCUUUCACCGGCUGGGCUAAGUGUAAAUGAUGUGCAAGUUAUUGCUGAUACUUAGCUUUUCGCUCAGCCUCUCCUAUGCGGAAAAUCGACCAGACCCACGCAUUGUUGGCGGAUUUCCAGCUGAUAUAGCCAACAUUCCGUACAUAGUGUCCAUCCAACUGUUUGGGAUCCAUCACUGCGGCGGUUCAAUCGUCAGUAGGCAAAUCAUUUUGACUGCUGCCCAUUGUUUGGGUGGAGUGUCGCCCCGUCUGCUGAAAGUAAAGGUUGGUGGCACUUCGCGGAAUCGCAAGGAUGGAGUACUGUGCUCAGUGGCCGAGGUGCACAGCCAUGAGAAGUACAAUGCCAAGACCAUGGACUAUGAUAUCGGAGUGGUUCGAUUAACCAAGAACCUGACAUUGUCCAAUAAGAUAAAAGUUAUACCUGUGAGCCAUAGCACGAUAGCAGAUGGCACUUAUGCCACAAUUGCCGGCUGGGGAUUCAAGUCCAUGAAUGGCGUUCCAUCGGACAGUCUGCAAUAUGCCCGAGUUCCGAUCGUAAACCAGACCGCCUGCAGAACUUUACUGGGCAAAGGGGUCACGGAUCGGAUGCUUUGUGCGGGAUUCCUGCGCGGCGGCACGGAUGCCUGCCAGAUGGACUCCGGCGGACCCUUGUCGGUCAGGGAGCAACUGGUGGGCAUCGUGUCCUGGGGAGUGGGGUGCGCCCUGGCCGAUAAGCCCGGCGUUUAUGCACGCCUAGAUGCGUUGUACCCCUGGCUGAACAAGUUUAUAAGCUAACUCACCUAAAGAUAAUAACUUAAUAUUUGUUUUUACGAGCGUGAGACUAGCGCACAACAGCAGCGCAUGGGCGCAUUAAAAUAAAAGCUUUCACUUUAA